UCUCUUUCUUCCUAAGAACUGAACUGUGCUGUGUUCUACAAAGCCUUGUUAUGGGUUUGUAGCUGAUGUUCACCGUCAUGCAAGCUUUGCAACUUCACGCCGCCCAAAAUCGCCUUCCUCUGAACUAGAUUUGCCUGUCUCUCCCAAAGCUGCACGCGUCAUUGCACAAAAACAGUAUUUGUCCACGAUGGGUAUCUCUGGCGGAACAGGAGAGAAGUUAACACGGGCUACUAUUAUUAUAGCUGGAGUUGCUUCUCUCGUGGCAUCUCUGUUGUCUAUCGUUUCUGUAUGGCUACAAGCCAAGAAUUAUCGCAAGCCGUUGCUUCAAAGAUAUGUGGUUCGAAUCUUGCUCAUGGUGCCCAUAUACUCAAUAUCUUCAUGGACAGCGCUCAUGUCAUUGAGAGCUGCCAUGUUUGUGGACCCUGUUCGCGACAUCUAUGAGGCUUUCACCAUCUAUACAUUCUUCCAGCUCCUGAUUAACUUUAUUGGAGGCGAAAGAGCUUUGAUCAUCUUGAUGCAUGGCCGCGAACCAGUCCAUCAUCUUUGGCCUUUAAACCACUGCCUGCCGAAAGUCGAUAUAUCUGACCCUCACACUUUCCUCGCCAUAAAGCGGGGCAUUCUCCAAUAUGCCUGGUUGAAGCCUGUACUUGGAUUGGCAGCCAUUAUAAUGAAGGCUACGGGCACUUACAAAGAAGGGUAUCUUGGUUUGGACUCGGGCUAUCUUUGGGAAGGUAUCAUCUACAAUGUCAGCGUUACUCUCAGCCUGUACUCCCUCGGAAUGUUCUGGGUCUGUAUGGCCAAAGAUCUUAAACCAUUUCGGCCCGUUCCGAAGUUCUUGUGCAUCAAGCUUAUCAUAUUCGCAUCAUACUGGCAAGGAUUCUUUUUGUCUAUCCUGGUGUGGCUAGGUGCGAUACCUGAUGACGUUGAGGGUUACACAUCAGACAAUCUUGCAGCGGCCAUUCAGGAUGCCUUAAUCUGUCUGGAGAUGCCUCUGUUUGCAAUUGCUCACUGGUAUGCUUUUUCAUGGCACGACUAUGCAGAUGCGACAAUCUCAGCUGCAAGAAUGCCAGUCAAAUUUGCACUUCGAGAUGCUUUUGGGCCACGGGAUCUCAUUGAAGACACCAAGGAAACCUUUAGUGGCAAAGCAUACGAGUAUCGAUUGUUCGACUCUGGGGAUAACGUACUGGCCCAUGAAAGUUCAUCAUCUCGUGUAGCUCGCAUGAUGGAGGGGAUGCGUUAUGAGCGGGGCGGGAAGGGAAAGUACUGGAUCCCAAAGCCUGGAGAGGUGAAUUCGAGAACUCCUCUCCUGGGGGGUGAUGCAAAUCGCAGCAGAUCGCCAAGUAAACCACCAACUGAUGCACAGUAUAUGGGCUAUGGCAAUGAUGGUGUUGAAGAGCUGAUGUUGGAACCCGACGAGGAGCAGCUGUACGAGAGAGCUAGGACACAACUAUAUGGAGAUUGGAAUUAUCCCGUGAUCACAGCACAUGAAGCGUCACGAGAGAGAUGGCUCAAUGCAUCACCGGGGCUACUCACCACUUCUGCCAACCGUAACCUACUCCAACCGACUCGCGACAAUGAGAUUCGGCGCGCUAGUAACAUCAAGAACACCGUGGAGGAGGUCACCAAGAAAACGCAACGAAAGCACAGUGGUUCUAAGAACAAGAAGAAGCGAGAUAGUAGUUCGAAGGGCAAGGAGAGAGAGAUUCCCAAUGGCGAAGAAGGUCGAGCGCCCGUGAUGCAGGGUUUACUCAGACAUCAUUCAACCGAUUCAAGCAAGUCGGAUCGGAGUCAGUUAGUCGACCUCGUUGUGGAAGAUGAACCAGCGGAGGAGGCAGACAGAGUACGAGCAAGGAAAGAAGGCAGUCCAGCGUGGAACCAGACGGAAGGAAAACGCUUUGUACGAACAUAUGGUGGUGACAUAGGAGAGGAUAUUCGGGAGGGUUAUGAACCGCUCGAGGAUGCCGUCAUUGAGCAAGAGGAUGGAGCCGCGGAUCCAUUCUCAGUCGGCGAUGAUGAUGAUGAUGAUGAUGAUGAUGGUGCUAGUCCCAAUGGCUCUGAAGAGUCAAAGCAAUGGAGCCAAGCCAAGGAAUCAUCUGUGUUACUUCAGCCCAAAUAUGGUAUCGACGGGGAAGCUUUUGAGAAUGUUUGGGGAGCUGCUGAACCCUCGCAGCCCGCACAAGAAAAUCCUUGAUACAUGAUACCUUUCGUCGGAGUUUUGAUUUUAGAGUUUGCAUCACAUGGCGAAGGCGUUUUGAAGCGUUCGCUGGGCGUAGAUCAUGUAUGAAUACACAAUCAUAACACUUUGUCCACCUUUGGGACAUGUCAAGUCAC